AACCAUUGGCAACCGAGCACCUGGAGCAAAAUGGAGUCCCUUGUCUCGCUGGAGGGCUGCGAGCCUGAGCUCCGCGAGUAUUUGGAGCGGCACAGAUGGCCUAGCGUCAUGGAGGCCCUUCUGACUGGACUUACGGUAAUGACACCACGUGAUCCGUGGCAGUUUGUCUGCCAGAGUCUCAUGCACAUCAGAGACGCCAGCGUCACUGACAUACCACGGGACCUGUUUAUAGACCCGGCAUCACGAGGUGCCCUGCAGUCUGGCUGUCUGAGAGGUCUGCACCCCGACACUGACGCAAUCGACGAGGAGCAGUUGGAGUUAGCCUACCGCUUCCGUAGUGUACACCUCUGCCACUGGUGCUUCAGAGCGUGGCUGCAGUAUCAUGAACAGGAGAAAGUGGAGCAGGCUCUGUUCAGGGAGAGGCUGAGACAAGCAGAGAGA